AUGUCUUCUGAGGACUUAGAAGAGAGCCCUCAACUUGAAAAGCUGUCUAUCCCAUGUGAAUUUCAGGACAAAGAGGCUUCUAGUUCCCCACAUUCCAUCAUCCUUAGCCAUACUCCUGACACCCCACCAAGCACUCAGCUUUUUACUGGGUUGCAUCUGGCUGAGAUGGAGAAAAUGUUUGAAGAGGGCAUUGGCUCCACUAGAAGUAUGGACUUGGAAACUUUCAUCAGGACCAUGAAGAAGGUUCUGAGUGAUGUGUCAGAUGAAAUGCUGGAGACGAUGUUUUUCAAGGUGAAUUCGGAUGGUAAUGGCUUCAUCACCUGGCCAAAGUAUAUGGAAUACAUGAUGCAUGAGUUCUAGGGCGUGGAAGAGAUGAGGAGGAGCCAGUACCACCUGCACUUCCACCUUCCCAUGAAGAUCAUCCCCCUAUAAGGAGUACGGCAUGGGUGUGAGAUCGUGAAAGUAGAGUUUUUAAUCCAGUGGUUCAAGAAGAUCACACGCUUCCUGACUGUCACUAAGGAUGGGGGCCUUCAGUUCUGGACUGAGUCCUUGCUGAUUAGCUCUUUUAGGCUCAGCCAGGCCCAGCAGCCCCACAGCCAGGAGAUGUGGGUCAUUGACCUGGUAUGCCUGCACAACAUGAACCUCAUUGCAGUUUCAUCUACUGAACUGAAGAUAGAGUUCUUUGAUAUCAGUAACCAUUAGUGUGUCCCAGCCUUCACCUUUACUGAACUGGACAGCUAUGUCCUGGUCAUGGGCUACUGGUCUGAUUAUCACAAAGGUGUGUUCUGCCUUGGGGACACCAAGGGCAAUGUCAUCAUCUUCACCUCUGACAAUGUGGCCAAUGGGCUGUUCAACCCCCGCAUCCUUCCCAGGCCCUCCAAAUGGGAUCACUGGGUCAGCGUUUCCAUGCAGAAACUCUUAAAUGAGAAGUCCAUUUUGUACAGAAGUUAUUGGCUGCUGCCGGCUCUCCAUACCAGCUGGUGUCAGCUGGUCAAGUUUGUCCCUCAGCUGAACAUGGUGGUCUCCUGUUCAGCUGUGGAGAAGUCUUCCAUGGUGUUGAUAAUGCUGCCAGCCAAAGACCCAGAGAAACUCAAGUUUUCAGUGCUGAAUUUAAGAAAAGGAAUUCUUUGCUUUGAUUACUGCCCAGACAAGAACUUCCUGGCAACCAGAGGGUAUGACUCCCACAUCCACCUGUGGAAUCCCUUCAUCUCAAAAAGGCCUGUGUGGUUGAUGAAGGGACAUCAGACCUCAGUGACACACAUCAUCAUGGACAGCAAGAACAGCAGCAUCCUCAUCAGUAUCUCCAGGAACAAAAACAUUCGAGUGUGGGACCUGCAGGAUUAUGUGUGCCUCUAGAACUUCUCUGGGAAGCAGUUUGCCCUGGGAAACUACCCCAUCACCAGUGUCUAUUUCAACACCAAAGGCAAUACCCUCAUCUGCAGCACCUACUCUAUUGGCAUCCUAAAAGGUUACUUGGAGGCCCAUGGGCCUAUGAAAUCAGGGAAGACCACAACUCACAAUUCAGCACUGUGCGCUGUCCUCUACAGCAAGAUCUUCAAGCAGGUGGUGAGUGGCUGCCAGCAGGGCACAGUGAGCGUGUGGGAGAUCAUGACAGGGAGGAAAAUGAUGGAGUUCUCCGUGUCUGGUGCCCAGCUCGUUGAGCUCACUGCCAUGGCCCUGGAUGUGAAUGAGCCGUGCCUGCUCAUGGGCUUGCUGGAUGGCACGAUGAAGAUGUGGAACUACAACACUGGAGAGUGUCUGCUGACUUUCCCCAACCCUGACCAAGUGGAGAUUAGUGGCAUUGUCCAUAUGAACAAAGCAUACUACAUGACAGGAUGGAGUAAGAGGAUCACUAAUUUCAUGUUCCACAAGACCAAACCAGUGCUCUUGUGCCAUCACUGGCAGACCUUCCACAUGGAAGAUGUGCUCUGCAUGGCUAAGUACUAAAACCAGUUCCUUGGGACUUCCUCCAGCACCAGGGACAUCCUCUUCUGGAACGUCAACAUGUUGAAGCCCAUCUUGAAUUUCAAUGCCUCCAUGAGCCCCUUGCCUUUGCAGCCUGUGAAGGUACAAGAAGCAGAGGAAUGUGUGGAUAGCAGCCAAGGGCCCAGUAAAACCUGCAUGAAGAAGAUGUGGGCACAUAAGGCCUCCACGAGGCUCCCUGGCCCUGGCUGGAGGACUGUGGGCAAGAUCAGCCUGAGGCGGAGCCUAAUGUCAGCUCCUGUGGGGAUGAAACACUCAGGAUCCAAGGAACCACAAAGGCCUCUUUCCCAGCAGCUCGAGUACCAGUUGCUGGCCCAGGAGUACCCCACAGGAGCCCCAGCAAGCCUUGCCUCCUUGGAUCCUAGGCCACAAAGCACCGGCAGAUCCAAGUUGUCUACCAGGUCCCUUGACAAAUGGUCAUUUUACAGACAGACUGAAAUAAGAAGAAAGGAAUCCCAGAAGAAAAUGUUGCUGCAACCCAAUGCAUUAGUGGAGAAGAUAAUCUUCCUGCAGACCAGGCCUCGCCUGCCACAUACGGCUGCCAUGCUGAACCGCUGCAUCGAUGGCUACAUUUAUGCUUGGUCCAUCCAUGGGAAUGGAGGCCUGCUAGGGAAGUUCUCUGUGGACCUGGAAGAUAAUGGGGACAUUGUGGGUACCAUGGCCACUGACAAAAAUGACUGGAUCCUUAUCACAGGAGAUUGUAAAGGACUCAUCAAGAUAUGGGACAUCAAGGAUUACUGCACUUUUGUUGGCUAUCGGCCACCCCAACCCAGUGGGGUGAAGAUCCCCACUGAAACAGAGAACAAGUUCCGGUUCUUAAUUACUAAUCGGCUCCAGACCAGUAUUCCAUACUACAUUCCUCUGCAGGAGAUGGAGGUUGUGAAUGGUCAGACUAUUUCCCUGGUUUCCCCCAAGCUUCUGAUUACCUGGAAAGGCCAUCUGGAGAGUGUGGCAGAUAUCCUAUAUGUGGACAGCUUGCAGCUGAUUAUCAGUGCUGGCCAGGAUUGGGACGUCAAGGCUUGGAAACUCUCUGACGAUGCCACUGGGACGUUUGGGCUGAGUGUUUGGAAAAGGAUCCAGAGUGCUACAAUGGAUGGUGAUCAAGAACAAAGUGCAAGCCUGGAGGAGAAGGCCUAUUCCACCAGCACCGUGCUCAGGGGCUCCUGUCUGGAGCUGCAGAAAGCCCCUCUCAGAAGGGACCUGGCCGAAGCACUGGCAUACCAUCAGUGGGAGCAGGUGGCCCUGAUGACACUGCUGAAUGGGAAGGAGGACAUGGAGGCUGAGGCCUGGACCCGGCUGCAGAGGAUAGCCCAGAUGUCCCCAUGGGCCCAUGAGCACUCACUGGAGGAUAUCGAGGCGAGCUGGAGCCAGUGGGAGUCCAGGGGCAGGCAGGUGAGCAAAGUUGUAGGAACAGCAUAUAAGCCCAAGGGAGGGUUGCGGAGUCCCAGAGUCCUGUCCACUAAUGUGAAUUACAGCUGUAUGAAGCAGCAGAUCUCACCUCAGGUCUACCAAAGCCUUUACUUCAAUAAACUGACACCUGUCCAGCAGCCUGACUUCCUGAUGCACCGGGCCCCAGACCAGCAAGGCUAGGGUGGCUGUUGGGUGGCCCACAAUAUCCAGAAGGAUUUGGAGUCUGUCAGGGAGCAGAUCUUUGUGGACACCCCAGCCAACACACUGGCUGCCACCCCUACCCUCUCCCCCUGUCUGUCGCUAGUAGCCUCAACCUCCAGGCUGCCAGACUCCAACUUGCCUGCUUUCCCAAGGCCCCAGUCCUGGUGAGUUUCCAUAGUCCAGUCCCAUGUCUUGGCCUUGCCUUGGGGUCUGUGUCCAUCCUGCAGAGCUCAGAGAGCCUGUGGCUACUGGCUCCUCUCUUGAGCAACACCCAAAGCCUCUGGAAGCCACUCUUGGGUCCUCUGUGCAGAGAGGCCCUGCCCUCCUCUCCAGUGAUGCAGGGCACCCCAGCCCAUGGGUCCUGCAAGUCCCUGA